AUGAGCUUAGACUUCACUGUGCCGAGAAAUCUUCAGCCUGAAGUAGAAAGGAGCCUUUUCAGAUUAGUUUCUGACUUUCAAGAAGGGUAUUUAACGGAAAAGGGAUACAUAAAGAAACGACAUGAAAUACUGGAAUCCUUGAAUUUAAAUGUACAUAAUAUCCCCAAUGUUAGAGGUGAUUCAAGGGUUGACCCAAGGCACAACAGUACGCUUUCCAGAAUUUCGACCUCUGCUGAAUCAACGUUUGAUCAUACAGCCGCUCAAGACUUUUACUAUUCACCAUCUGAAACACAGGUUGAUGGCUCUACAGGCAGCCCUUCGGAGGCACAUAUUUCGGGGCUUGAUGCUGAUGCUUAUGAGUAUUAUAAAUCACAUGCGAAAUCGGAGAACAGCGGAGUGCCUAAGGAGUUGCAGAGGCCCUUAGAUCCAAGAGUUCUUGAACAGUACAUUCAAACAGCAACAUUCGACAAUUUGGCCAUGCUUUUGCGAAAGAGAGGAACUGUAUAUGCGAAAGAUACUGCUAUCAUCAUCAUGGAUCAAAGGGGAAAAGAGACACAAACGUUAACUUGGGAUAAGUUGUAUUUGAGAGCCGAGAAAGUUGCAAAACAGAUUAAGACCAAGGCCGCAUUAUAUCCUGGAGAUAGGGUCUGCAUUAUUUAUCAAAACAUCGAGGUCAUUGACUUUUUAGUGGCAUUGUACGGAUGCCUUUUGUCUGGUACGGUUGCCGUACCUAUGAAUAGUGGAUUACCUGUGAAAGAUAUGGUUAAGAUCAUGACCGAUACACAGUCACAUCUUUGCCUUAUGUCUGAAUCUGUGUACAAACACUUUGAGAAACUGACACAUAAACGGAAAACACCAUUAUGGCCAAAGGGAGUGGAAGUUUGGAAAACUAGCGAUAUGGGUACAUACCAACCUUCCAAGAAGGAAGGACCUCCACCAUUGAAGGUCAGCGAUUUGGCAUACAUAGAAUAUUCAAGAGGAUCGACGAGUGAGUUGAGAGGCGUUGCCAUUUCUCAUAGAACUAUAAUUCAUCAGAUGACCUCUCUUGCUUCGAUUCUUUCCAGUAACCCUGACAUCAAAAAUGGCACUUUAAUCAGACCUGCAUCACAGUUUACUAGGUUGAAACAUAUGCUAUUAAGUACCUUAGACGUGAGAGAAUCAAUUGGCUUAAUUAUAGGUGCGCUUUUCACCAUAUAUUCAGGAAACACUCUAAUUUGGGCCCACCAAAGGACCACCGAAGUUCCUGGAUUGUAUGCCCAUAUAAUCUCGAAAUUCAAGGUCUCUAUAUUACUUUCAGACUAUCUAAGUUUGAAGCAGGUUGCCUACAACUAUCAAUCUUUUCCUCAAUUGACGAGGACUUUUAACAAAAAAGUGAAAGUGAACUUAUCUUCCGUGAAGUGGUGCUUAAUCAAUACUAUGACUGUGGAUUGUGAGUUUGAUGAUAAAUUAAGUGAUAGAUGGUUCAAACCUCUAGGACAUCCUAAUCCUAGAAAAAUUAUAGCUCCAAUGCUCUCUCUAAGUGAACACGGAGGAGCCAUAAUCUCCAUACGCGAUUGGAUCGGCCACGAGGACCACCUCGGGUGUGUUUUUCAAAAACCGAUGACAGACGAGGUUAUUGCCAACGAUGAAAACGAGGAUGGAACUAUGACUGAACAAUUAUCUGAGGUUUUAAUCGAUAAAGAGUCUCUUACUACCAAUACUGUCAAAAUAGUUAGCGACAGGCCGCCUCCCACCUCGUCUACGUACGAUGACGAAUCUUCUAAGUAUAUUCGUGUUGGGGCGUUUGGUUAUCCAGUGCCAGAUGCUACUCUUGCAGUUGUCAAUCCUGAGGGCAAAAUGUUAAGUGGCACUAUGGAAGUCGGUGAGAUCUGGGUUGACUCCCACUGCAUAUCAGGGGGAUACUGGGGGCUUCCCGAGGAAACCCAAUCGAUUUUCCAAGCUGAAUGCUCCGAUUACGAGGGAAUAUUGAACUUGAACUUUGUGCGAACGGGACUUUUGGGAUUUAUCUACAGCGGUAAUGUGUACAUUUUGGGACUCUAUGAGGAUAGAAUUAACCAGGAUGUUACUUGGUAUGACAAAUAUUUAGAGAUUCAAUCGCAUAACCAGAAGUCCACCUCUACUGUUACUACAGAGCCAAAUACAGAGGCCACAACUACUCCAGAAGAGAAGUCAGUUGAGUUACAAACACAUAUUACUCCCGGGGUUACUCAAUAUAGGUACCAUUAUGCUAGCCACCUGGUGAGAACUCUUGUUCGAAACAUUCCGGAAGUUACCGACUGCUCUUUUUUUAAUGUCAAAAUCAACAAUGAGUACCUCCCGGUUGCAAUUAUUGAAUCAUCUUCAGUGCCUCUUUCGAAGGAAAAGAACCCGAUUCCUAAGGUGAACGAGACAGCUCUAAACGAUAUGACUUCGCAGGCAUUUAUGUUCAUUGAGAGUGUUCAUAAAGUCAGACUUUUCUGUGUGAUGAUUACUGCGCCAAAUACGCUACCUCGGAUCAUUAGAAGCGGCCGUCUAGAAAUUGCUAAUAUGCUUUGCAAGAGACGCUUUAUGGAAGGCCGACUUUUUCCUACGUUUGUUAGAUUUAACUUUGCAAACUCAUUGGCUACAAUUCAUCAUGGUGACGAUUUAACGGGGGGAAUUUGGUCUCGUUAUUCAUCUCAAAUCAGAGUUGAUGCACUAAGCUACGCCCAAUUACAGUAUUCUGGAAUAGAUAUGAGAGAUAAUUGUACAGAUGACCGGAAGAAUAUGGAACUCUCUGGCUACAAGAGCUUGGUCGAUAUUUUAAAGGUACGUGUAAGUCAACAACCAGAUGAAUUAGCGUUUGCUCUGAUCGACGGAGGUAGUAUCAAGGAGCUUAAACCACUAUCAUGGAAAAAGUUUGAAAAUAGAGUUUUUGCCGUUUGCAGCUAUAUUUUGGAAAAGAAGAAUUUAAUGGCCGGUGACAAUGUCAUACUCGUGUACCACAUGUCCGAAGAGUAUGUUAUUUGUCUUUAUGCCUGCUGGUUUGCAGGAUUGGUAGUUAUACCGAUCCCUCCACUUGAUGCUACUCGUGCUGAUGAAGACACAAAAUCUUAUACUGAUAUCAUUAAAGAGUAUGACGUUCGUGCUGUCUUUGUUAGUGGAGAUAUCGAGCAAUCCAUGAAAAGCAAGCCCAUCAGUGCGAAGUUGAAACAAUUGGUCAACGGCAAGCGAAUGGAACUUCCAAAGUAUAGAAAUACGUCAAAGCAUACAAAGAGUAAUAUCUCGUCGAAAUCGAUGCUUGUCAAGUUGGAGAACUAUAGAAAGAGAUUGAGAAAAACCAAACGUCAGGAAUGCCUCCUCUGGAUAACAUGGAAUGCAGACCAUACAUACAAGGGAGCUAGGCUUACAUUUGGAAGCUUGCUGUCGUUGGCCAUGAAUCUAAAGGAAACCUGCCAGAUGAGCAGCCUUAAGCCCAUAGUGGCGUGUGUCAGGCAUACCGCUGGACUAGGAUUUUUGCAAGCCGCUGUCAUGGGGAUUUAUCUUGGAUGUACAACCUAUUUGUUUUCCAGCGUUGAAUAUGGAGCAAAUCCUACCGCAUUUUGGAUUUCACUUUCAAAAUAUAGUGUUGAAAAUGUAUUUGUGACAAGUAAGAUGUUAGUAUAUGCUACUCGGACGGUCAUCUCAAAGAGAUGUGAUCUUUCAAAUUUGAAAAACCUCAUGAUUGGCUGGGAAGGUCGUCCAGACUCCAAGAUCAUGGAUCGUUUCAAAGAAGCAUUUCAACAAUCCAAUCUUCCCAGUACGGCGUUGUCCAAUAUUUACCAGCAUCUUUUGAAUCCGCUCAUAACUAUGAGAUCUUUCCUCUCAUUUGAGCCUGUGAAUCUAUGGCUCGAUCCGCUCGCUUUGGCCCAAGGCUACAUUAGUUUAGUGAAUCCUCAAGACUAUCCUGAUUCAAUUGAGGUUCAGGAUUCCGGUAUUGUCUCUAUAAAUACUCAAAUCGCUGUGGUUAACCCAGAGACCAGACAACUUUGUAAGGUUGGCGAGCUUGGAGAAAUAUGGGUGUAUUCUCAAUCGACCCUAAGUGGCUUAAGCGGAAGUGCAAACACCAGAAAUACUAACGACAUCACACACGGCACAAUUGAAAAUUGGAACAGCGAAGUAUCUUACUUGAGGACUGGAGACUUUGGAUUUCUACACAGUGUUCAUAAAAAUGUAACGCAGGGAGACAAUCCAGUGGAACUACAACUACUCUUUAAUUUAGGAAAAAUCGAAGAGAGUUUUGAAGUUCUUGGUUUGCAAUACCUAUCAAGUGACAUUGAAUCUACGUUGGAGCAGUUCAGAGUGAUUCUCAAGGCUUGCGUCUUUAAGACAGGAAACUACGUCGUAGCAGUGCUGGAAACGUCAAUGAAAAAAAAUCAUUGUUCGAUUGUGCCUUUAAUAGUGAUGAGAAUAAUGAACAAGUUCAGGUUGAUUAUAGACGUGGUUUCGUUUGUCGCAUCGGGUAGAAUGCCAAUUUCUCGGUUAGAAAAGGUGCAGAGAACUACUAUUCUGAAACGCUGGAUGGAUGGUACCCUUAGACUGAGCUCGUCGUAUGGCAUUAACUUCGGUGAGGGAUCGACCGUCAAAACGUUGAAAUUGAUGGAGGAGACAAACAAAGUGUGA